AGUCUCACUAGUCGGAUUUGCAGCCAGAGAGAGAGACACAUCGAGAGAAUCCAAGCAGGGCAGACGAGAAAUGAACUAUCUAAUGACUUGCCACAUCCGAGCACAUUCUCAAACACCCUGCAACCGAGACCCAUGAAUAAGGAUUGCAAUAUUUUUUUCCCACCCUGGAAAAUCUGGCAAUAAUUUUGUCGGUCUCGGCACAUUUGUAAAUUUGUGUCCAUUUGAUAUGCUUGUUUUUCAUUUGCAUUGAUUAGUUUCGUUUAGCUAUCUUUGCGUUAAUUAUCCGGAUUGCUUGCUGCCCAACAUUUCGAGUGCAUGCGGAAUUAUUGGAAUCUCGGAGGCAAGCAGGAAAAUCCAAUUGGAGAACUAGAAGAGAGAAAGAGAAGCAGCGAGAUCUGUCCAGCAGCAUCAACAUGUUCUUCUGAAGAGGCGAGGAAAAGCUCAUUCCCAAACCAUCAUCCAUCUACCAUCACAUUCCCGUCCUAAUUCGUGGGGAAAACAGAAUGAAGCGGGAGUGAAAAAGGGAAUGGGAAAGAUAGGUCCAGUCUGAAAGCCGCGGGAAAAAACAAAACAAUAUAAGCAUCACGAAAUACUGGAAAAGUAAACUCUUGCAAGAAAAAUUGCAACAAAACGGCUGUGGGAAUUGAAAUUGCGCCGGAGUUUUGUCCACGAGCUACUUUUCCCUAAAGACAUUUUUUGUGGAAUUUGCUCCUUAAAAUCCACACAGACUGCACCUUUGUUUAAUCUGUCCUCCCGUGUGUGUGUGUGUUUUAGUUGAUAUCCAUGCGGGCUCCCAAAACACGUUGUUCCAGAUCACACUGACGGAUUCACCUGAAGCACACAAGCUUUGUUCCGAGUCCAGAGAUCUCCAACCUCUGGGAGAGUAUCCCACACAGCUUUGAUGGGAGUAAAUAGACGGAAUUCGGGAUUUCAAAUGGCGAGUCGGGGUUGUGAAAAUGGAUUGGGAAUUCUCCUGAUAUUCUUAGUGGAUUUACUCGGGAUCACGGCGUCCAACAUGGAGCCCAUCUACUGGAAUUCCUUGAACAAAAGGUUUAGCGAUGAUAAGGGUUAUGUCCUGUACCCUCAAAUCGGGGAUCGUCUGGACCUCAUUUGCCCAGCGUCUGAGCCGCCAGGUCCCCGGUCCCCCGCCGAAUACGAGUACUAUAAACUGUACCUGGUGUCGUCACGGGAUCAGGCAGACAGGUGUGAAGUGACCGGAGCCCCCAACCUGCUUCUCACCUGCGAUAAGCCCAGCAGUGAUAUGCGUUUCACCAUCAAGUUUCAGGAGUACUCGCCCAACCUGUGGGGUCACGAAUUUAAAACCAAUCAGGACUACUUCAUCAUCGGUGCUGGAAACAACACACAUCCCAGAAUUCCCCCUAGAGGUCCUGGUGGAGAAAACGGCCCCCUUCCCCCCUCCAACGUCGCUGUUAUCGCAGGUGCAGCCGGCGGUUCGGCUUUCCUACUGCUCGUAACAGCCGUGAUCUGCGUGGUGUGCUACCGACGACGACACGCCAAGCACUCGGAAUCACACCACCCUCCACUCUCCCUCUCCUCCCUGACCUCGCCCAAACGGGGCUGCGGCGGGGGCGUAGGAGGCGGCAACAACAACGGCUCGGAGCCUAGCGACAUCAUCAUCCCGUUGCGGACUUCUGACUCCGCCUACUGCCCGCACUACGAGAAAGUGAGCGGGGAUUACGGCCAUCCGGUCUACAUCGUACAGGAGAUGCCCCCUCAGAGUCCCGCCAACAUCUACUAUAAAGUAUGA